AUGAAAAUAUUCCUCUUAAGCCUUUUGGCCAUUGGAAGCGUGCAUUCGCUAUCCAUAGGAUAUCCCUAUCGAACGGGAUUGUUGGCUUACAAUCCUUCACGUGGUGAAUUCCCAGUGCAAAGUUCCCUAGUUCAGGGUUACCUCCGCUAUUUGGAUAGUCACGGCGUCGAACGCCUGGUGGGAUACAGAUACCCAGAACCCGUCUAUGGCAUUCGGCAGGUCAGUUACGUUCGUGUAGCUCCAGCCAUAAGUACUCCAGUAAUAAGAACCUAUGCUGCAGAGGAAUCGGGUGAAUUUGCAAAAGCCCGUGAAGCGCAUUUCCGUGCUUGGUCUUUGCAGCAGUAUCAGGCAUUGAAGAGUGAAAUUGAUGCUUUCAGAGCCAUGGGCAAAGAACCACCCGCAGAUCUUAUGGAAAAAUACAGGCCAUUGGAGAAAAUUGCCUUAACUUCGAAUUUCAAUUCGAUUGCCGAAUUGCCGGAAGUUAAACGAGUGCGUGAUGAACACUUGGGCCUUUGGAGUGCAGCCCGUAUCCAAGAUUUGCAAUUGGAAGCUGGGCACAAGCCCAUAGGAGAGAUUAAGACUUAUGUUGAACACGCCGCACCACUGGUGCCAGUGGAAGAGACGGCCGAGCAAAAACUAGCUCGGCAGGAACACCUUCGAUUCUACCAGGAGCAAUUGAAUAGGGUCCAGCAAUUACAAAUGCAAGCUGAUGGCAUAUUGGUCGAGGGUCCGGUAUCUACGCAAAGUCCUAUUUUAGAAGAGCCAAUUAACCGUUUGGCCUCAACAGGUGAUGGAUUGACGGAAGUGGAACGUGCCACACAAGAGCACUUGCGUUUGUGGAAUGAGGCCAAACUGCGGGCUGAACAGGCCAGUUUGCGAGAUGAGGAGGAAGCCAAACACAAUGAAAUGACAUUUACUAUGGCAACGGAAAAAUCUGUCCCCGAAUCAGCAGCGCAACUGCGGAAGGCUCAUGAGGAACACUUACGUUUGGUCAACGAAGCCACGGGACAAAAACAGGUAUCACAACUAAAAAUCAAUGUUCCCUCAGAGCAAACGCAUGACCAAUCUGAAGUUGUAGUUGAUACACCUGAGCUAGUGAAAGCACGCGAAGAACAUCUAAGAUUGGUAAAUGAAGCAAAGUUAAAGGCAGAAAGUUUAGAACAUAAGCAAGACGUAUCAGUAACCCUUGUAAAAGAUGCUUCGCAUGAACAUCAAGAUGGGUUGACAGAAGUGGAACGUGCUACAAAAGAGCAUCUGCGUUUGUGGAAUGAGGCCAAGCUGAGGGCUGAGCAGGCUAGUUUGCGUGAUGAGGAGGAAGCCAAACGUAAUGAUUUGAAAUCUACUGCGGUGACAGAUCAAACUGUCCUCGAAUCUGCAGCGGAACUGCGAAAGGCACAUGAGGAACACUUACGUUUCGUCAAUGAAGCUACAGCAAAAAUUCGCGAGGCCCAAGCGCAGUCGGAACAAAAACAGGUAUCACAACUGAAAGUCAACAUUCCUGCAGAGCAGCCGCAUCACCAAUCUGAAGCUGUAGUUGAUACACCUGAAGUAGUGAAAGCACGCGAAGAACAUCUAAGAUUGGUGAAUGAAGCAAAGCUAAGGGCAGAAGGUUUAGAGCAUAAGCAUGACGUAUCAGGACCACUUGUAAAAGUUGCUCCGCUUGAACCUCAACAAGGCCUAAUAAUUGCUUCACACCCAGCCCAGCCAGUUGUGGUUGCCGAUACUUUGGAGGUAUUGAAAGCUCGGAGAGAACAUUUACGUUUAGUCCAAGAAGCAGAAACCAAGCUCCAGUCUUUGGAGCAGCAAAUCCGUAAGGAAAGUCAAAUGCCUUUUCAGCUACAAUCUCAAAUGAGUGAUAGCGCAGCCUCAAUACACAAUCUUCGCUACAAAGACGAGGAGAAAACCAAAGCAUUAUCGAUGGAUACCCAAGUUGGCAUUAUUACAUCUCUGCAACAACAACCAAAUGUGCUUCCCGAAGAUACUCCAGAAGUUAUGCAGGCUCGUGAACAACAUUUGCGCAUCUUCAAUGCAGUCAAAGCUUACAUAGAAAAGGAGGAGAAUUCCAAGUCACAGCAGGAACAACCAGUAAAUAAUCCCAUAAUCGAGGAGCAAUUGCUUUUGGAGGAAGAACGUUUGCGUGAGGCCGAACGCCUUCGAGCAGAACAGAAACAACUAGAAAUGGACCGCAUUACAGAGGCAGAACGCUUGGCAGAGGAGCAGCGACAAAUGGAAUUAGAGCUCAUGCGUUUGAAACAAGAAGAAGAGCAACGCUUGGAAAUGGAAUUGUUGGAGGAGAAACUUCGUCUGAAAACAGAGCAAGAGCAAUUGCCGCAAUUGGUCAUAACGGCCGAAGGUCAAGAACAAAAAACGGAUAGACGAAUUCACGGUCCUGAGAUCAUGUUAGCACAGGGUAUUUUCCAGCCACUUCAAGGUAGUAUUUCUUCUUUACCCCAGAUAGAGAAGUUGCAGCAGGUCGUAAUUACGGAAGAAGAAAAGACGAAACAACAACACAAGGGCAAUCCUUUUCUAAAUAAAAUUAAUAUUGGACAAGAAAUAAAGCCACAGCUAAUCUCUCAGCCUCUACAAUCCAGCACUCGGUCUCCCAUAUCUAGUUAUCCUACACAACAAACUGAAAAGUCGGAUGAAUCCAUCGUGCCUGCAGUGCGUUAUAUUCAAUCUUCACAACACUCAAUUGGUUCCAAACAUCAGAAUGUCAAGGACGAUUCCGGCAAAAUACCACCAUUCGAUCAUGCGAGCUUCCAACCAGCUGAUACGGCAGCAGCUCUCAUUCAUCUGGAGAAGGUUCGCCAAGAGCAUUUCCGUGCCCACGAACGGGCCUUGGAGCAAUUGCGCCUGGCCAGAGUGCAGAGCACAUCGCUGAAGGACUGUAAUCAUUGAUUUUAAUUACCAACGCAUGUAACUACGAAAAGAUGUAAAAUUACGUAAUUUUUUAAGAAGUCUUUAUGUAUUUAUUUGGAAUGGAAAAUGGAUGAUAUUUUGUUAAGAUUUAAAAUAUUUGAAAAACAAAUGAAAUGUAUUGACCUAAGUGUUUACGAAUUAAGAUAAGUUGGAUUGUGAGAGAGGGAGAGAGAUUGGAGAGAUGGUAUGUGAGAUCAUAACAAAUAGAAGGCAUUUUAGUUCAAGCAACUACAAAAAGUUAA